AUGCUAUCAAUUAAAAAUACGAAAAAUGACGAUUGUAAACAAUUAUUACGCAUGUCAUCAUUUGAUAGUCGUGAAUCACUCUCGCAAUCAAAUUCAGCAUCUGUAUCUUUAAAUAACGAAACACCGCUAAAUAUGCCAGAUAAAGGACAAUCUUUAUUCAAUGAUGUUGGAAUCGUUCUCGAAGAUACAAUUAAUAAAUUAUCGACAACAAAAUCCUCUAACACAUCAACAUCAACAGAUCCCAAACAAAAGAAAUCAUUUUUUCUGCGUUAUAUUCAUUUACCAAAAUUUAACUCACGUGUAGUCUCAAGCCAUUGUUUACGUAUAAUGUUUUUACUAUUCAUCUCUCUUAUUGCUUUGUUAAGUUUUGCAAUAUUUCUUAUUGUUGGUUAUAAUGCAAUUCAAUUUAAACAACAAUGCCUGUUAUAUUCAACAUUCGAUUAUGAAAUAAUAGGUGACAUUAAAACAAAUUAUACCGUACGUUUAAAUAGUGCAAAAACUGUAUUUGGUUCUAAAAGUGCGUGCGAAUUUUGUACAUAUUAUUGUGUGGCUGUAUUUAUUUAUUGCAUAGUCACAUGUUUUUUCUUCGUAUUAUUCAAUGCUGAUAAUAGAAUUAUAUUGACAAGUGAUAAAACUUUACUUAUACCAUGGCUCAUUAUUUCAAUUAUUCUUGGUAUUCUAUCACUAGUGAACGGAUGUGUACUAACAAAUGGUUUUAAAAUGUUUUGUACAUCUAUUAUCAAUAAUUUAAAAUAUAAUCAAUCUCAAUAUUGUUCGCAAAUAAAUUUAAUGUAUUUCGAACAAUAUCCAACGGUCAAAUAUGUCUAUACUUAUAUGAUAAUUGCAAUCGUCUUCGCUUGGUGUCAACUUCUAUUUUUUAUCGGAUCCAUCGGCAUUUUAAUACUAAGAUUAAGCACUUCUGAGUUAGAUAAUGAUAUCGAUUAUGUAAUGGAUGAUGAAAUGAAGAGUAAAGUAUUUCAAAAAAAUAUAGAAAAUCUAGUAUCAAUAGAACAACAACAAUCAAACGAUGUUAAUGAUAUAAUGUUAAUCGAAAAAUAA